UCAUUCACAUUUACGUAUUAAAUUUGUAGCUUAAACUAUUUGCUUUUUUGGGGACAAAUAUCAAAAUUAAACUUCACGAUGGCAAUGGAAACGAUUUUGGGCAUAAAGGGUACGGAUUUUGUGAUGCUUGCUUGUGAUACAAUGCAGGCAAAGUCUGUGAUCUUUAUGAAAGAUGAUCAGUCAAAAAUUCAUCGCCUCUCAGAGUUUUCAAUGUUGGCCGCGGUGGGUGAUGGCGGCGACACACUACAGUUUACCGAUUAUAUAGCCAAGCACUUGCAACUAUAUAAGAUAUCCAAUAACUACCAUCUGACUCCGCGCGGCACAGCGCACUUCACGCGCAAGAAUCUGGCGGACUAUAUAAGAACAAAUACCAGAUAUCAGGUAUCAAUGCUAAUGGCUGGCUACGAUGUCAUCGAGGGACCCGAUCUGCACUAUAUAGACUCAUAUGGCGCCGCAAUGCCCAUCAAUCAUGCUGGCCACGGCCUGGGCAGCCUGUUCUGCGGCAGCAUCUUCCAGCGAUAUUGGACAGAGGAGCUUAAGCAGGCCCAGGCCUACGAUAUAUUGAAAAUGUGCGUGGCCGAGAUCCAGAAGCGUUUGAUCAUCAAUUUGCGCAACUUUGAUGUGUUCGUUGUGGACAGGAAUGGGACCCGUCAGCUGGAAUCGAUCAAUCCGGCCUCCUUUGACGCUGAUAUGUUAUGUCUUUCGCUAUCUGCUAGUAUUCAAAAUUUGGGUAAAAAGUCUUUAAGAUAGAUCUUAGUAUGGCAGAUACAUGCACAUAUGUCUA